CGUCGCUCGCGGCACCCGGCUCUCAGUGACACGCGAGCAGCGAGCGGCGUCGGUCCGAUUCUUCUUCACCUGAAGCUUAAUCGCACCUGCAGUCGUGUAGAGAGAAAGAGAGCGCGUGUAUCUCCUCUUCCACGUAUAAUCAAUUUAUAAUCUCACGAGACAACUGAUACUCUUGUGCGGUACGGGCAAAGGUGCAUAUCGGUCCUCGCUGCACUUUGAUCCGCACACACACACACGCAUACACGUCACCUUAAUUCGAUCAAUCAUCGGGAAGUUGGUGAGACAUGGCCGGCGCGAUGUGGCCUGGAGUACUACCGUUACUGGUGUUACUAGCGGUCCUGCUGCAUCCGUCGAGAUGUACGCAGGGAAAAGUGAACUUCCGGGAGAAGGAGAAGCAGGUGCUCGACAACAUCCUAGGACCAGGCCGCUACGAUGCGCGCAUCCGGCCGAGCGGGGAGAACGGAACAGAUGGGCCGGCCAUUGUCCGGGUAAACCUGUUUGUGCGAAGCAUUGCGACAAUUAGUGACAUCAAGAUGGAAUACUCCGUACAAUUAACAUUUCGGGAACAAUGGUUGGAUGAGAGAUUACGGUUUAAUGACUUCGGAGGUCGACUUAAGUAUUUAACCCUGACGGAGGCGAAUCGCGUCUGGAUGCCGGAUCUGUUCUUCUCGAACGAGAAGGAGGGUCACUUCCACAACAUCAUUAUGCCCAACGUAUACAUACGAAUUUUCCCGAACGGCUCGGUUCUUUAUAGCAUACGGAUAUCCUUGACGCUCUCGUGUCCCAUGAAUUUGAAACUGUAUCCCCUGGAUCGACAAAUUUGCUCACUUCGUAUGGCCAGCUAUGGAUGGACGACGAACGAUUUGGUCUUUCUCUGGAAGGAAGGCGACCCCGUUCAAGUGGUCAAGAAUUUACAUCUGCCCCGGUUCACCCUCGAGAAAUUCCUCACGGACUACUGCAAUAGCAAGACGAACACCGGAGAGUACAGUUGCUUGAAAGUGGACCUGCUGUUCAAGAGGGAAUUCAGUUACUAUCUCAUUCAAAUCUACAUCCCGUGCUGCAUGCUCGUUAUCGUGUCCUGGGUGUCUUUCUGGCUGGAUCAGAGCGCCGUGCCUGCCCGGGUGUCACUAGGCGUUACGACACUGCUGACGAUGGCCACGCAGACAUCGGGGAUAAACGCCUCACUGCCACCGGUCUCCUACACGAAGGCUAUCGACGUCUGGACGGGGGUGUGCUUGACUUUCGUGUUUGGCGCACUGCUCGAAUUCGCGCUGGUCAACUACGCGUCGCGUAGCGACAUGCACAGCGACAACAUAAAUAAGAAGCAGUUCUCGUCGAGCGACAUGGAACACUCGUCGUCGAUCGACCCAUCCUCGGAACUGCUCGAGCCGGAUGGAUCCGCCAACUUUGCCAUGAAGCCUCUGGUCCGACACCCGGAGGACUCCAUGUCGAUGGAUAAAUUGCAGCAGUGCGAAAUACAUAUGCAACCACGGAAAAAAAACUGCUGCAGGUCGUGGCUGUCCAAGUUCCCGACGAGGUCCAAGCGCAUCGACGUCAUUUCACGGAUCUUCUUCCCAAUCGUAUUCGCUUUCUUCAACCUCGCGUACUGGUCCACGUACCUGUUUCGGGAGGAAGAGGGGAACGAGUAAAUCAGGAGGAAGCGCUCGGAUCAACAAGGGAAGUGGCUCGCGGCCAUCUUCAGCAACAAUUCCAACAGACACGACCGCCGCAACAACG